CUUCGUCCCCGUCUGGAUCCCUCCUAUUUUCUUCCCUCACCUCCAUCACCUCUGAGUCGCUCAGUGCCGUCGUUCCUUCCUUUAGAGCUUCUCAUUGUCUAAUACUGCUCUGUGAUGUGGGCGACCGCUCGACGAGUGACCGCUGGUUUGGCUGCUGCAGCCGCUCUCUUCACCGGCGUGCAGGCCAUUGCCAAAGUCUCGAGGGGUGGGCGCUACCUCUACACGGACGAUGGCAACAGGUUCUAUAUCAAGGGUGUUGCGUACCAGCCCCAAGGUGAUGUUGUCGCUAGCUCGGACAACGCCUUUGGAGAGCCAUCAACGUUCACCGAUCCCUUGGCGAACGACACUGCCUGCAGCCGCGACUUGCCUUAUCUGCAACAGCUCGGCGUGAACACCGUUCGAGUGUACAGCGUCAACUCGUCUCUGAAUCAUGAUAGCUGCAUGCAUGCGCUGAGCGGUGCCAACAUUUACGUGAUUAUCGACCUGUCCCUUCCCCUUAACGGCUCAUUCGAUCGUAAUGCUCCUGCUUGGACAACCAGUCUGCUUGAUCAAUAUAUCACGACCAUUGAUGCUUUCUCCGGUUACGAUAACGUCUUGGCCUAUAAUGUUGGAAACGAAGUGGUCAUUGCGGCCAACGGGACGGGAACGGCAGCCUUCAUCAAGGCAGCUGCUCGAGACGUCAAGGCUUACCUCGCGUCCAAAUCGUAUAACGCCUUAGUUGGUUACGCCGCCAUUGACGGUACCCCCACUUGGCGUGAUCCUCUAGCCAACUAUCUGUCUUGUGACCCUUCCAGCAGUAACUCUGGUUCCACUGCUUUGGACCUUUAUGGCUUGAACAACUACGAAUGGUGUGGAGACUCGACGUACCAGGCAUCCUACGCGGGUACCAAUGGUGAUUAUGCUGGCUACAACAUCCCGGCCUACUUCAGCGAGUUCGGUUGUGUCACCAGCGGAGAGUCUCGCACGUUCCAGGAGGUUUCGGCUAUCUACAGCAGCCCCAUGACCGAUGUCUGGUCCGGAGGACUUGCGUUCUCCUACUUCCCUGCUUCGAGUUCAGCCGGUCAGUUCGGUCUCGUCACCAUCGACGGCAACUCGGUUACCCCGAGCACGGAUUUCAACAAUCUGAAGACGCAGUACGGCUCCGUGUCUCCGCCGAACUCGCCAAGCUCCAGCAGUGCCGGGUCGACCCAGUACCCCUCGUGCCCCGGCCAGAACGACACUUUCUUGGCCUCCACGACUCUCCCGCCGACCCCCAGCGAUGCAGAGUGUGGCUGCAUGGCCGGCGCGCUCAGCUGCCGGUUCACGCCGCCGUCGUCCAAUGAUACUGCUACCGUUGGAGCUCUGCUCAACUACGGCUGCUCUCUCUUGGGCCAAGCAGGCCUCAGCUGCAACGACAUCGCCGCGAACGGGUCCACUGGUACUUACGGCCGUGCUUCGUUCUGUGAUCCUGAAACCAAGCUCUCCUAUGUGAUGAGCCAGUACUACGAGUCUCAGAACAAGAACCAGCAGGCUUGCAGCUUUGGCGGCAACGGCACCGUGCACUCCACUUCGGCCUCGGCCUCCGCUGUCGCCAGCUCGUGUAUCGCCAACCCCUCCGCAACGUUCACGCCCAGCGCCCCAGCCUCUGCAACUGGAGGCUCGAGCACUGGGGGUAGUGGAUCCUCGGGAUCCAACCACAGUGGUGCCCUCUCAGGGUUCAGCUUGGACUCGCGCGCUAUCUUUGGAGUGGGUUUGAUGAUUGUUGUCAGCGCCUUUGGAGGCAUUGCUACCUUGGCUUGAGCAAAAUGUAUCUCGUGAUUGUUGAUCUCCUAUAGGAGCUAUGGACCUACGUUUAAUAUUCGUAUUACUCGCAUACCAGCGUAUUGGACUUCCGAAGGAUUUGACUAGUCUCAGACGAUGGACGAUGUGGCUUGUAUAUCUCUACACUAUUGUGCUCUAUCUAGGUUCUCGUGUACAGCACGUUAUUAUUC